AUGGACAAUGGCCUACUUAGAGUAGGAGGAAGACUUAACAAGGCAGCCUUGCCUGAAGAAGCAAAACAUCCAGUCAUCCUACCAAAGAGAGGACAUGUGUCUGAACUCAUCUUGCGGCACAUUCAUGAAAACUCAGGACAUAUGGGAAGAAACUAUGUCUUGGCAAAACUCCAGCAACGAUAUCACAUAGUUGGUGCAAUUUCAGCCUUCAGGAAAGUCGUCAAGAAAUGUGUCAAGUGCCGACGUCAAAGAGGGCGGGUAAUCCAACAGAAGAUGGCCGACCUACCCAUAGACCGACUGAGACCGGACGAUCCACCUUUUACACGAGUUGGAGUCGAUUAUUUUGGGCCGAUAGGAGUGAAAAGAGGACGCUCUACAGUCAAGAGAUAUGGCGUAGUGUUCACUUGCCUCGCCAUUCGGGCCAUACACAUAGAGAAGGCUGAUUCACUAGAUACGGAUUCCUGUAUCGCAGCAAUUCGGAGAUUUAUUGCUCGAAGAGGAGCAGUCAGAGAAAUGAGAUCGGACAAUGGAACGAACUUGGUUGGGGCUGAGAAAGAACUAAGAAAAGAACUUGAGAACUGGAACCAGGCCCAGCUCAGCAACUCACUAUUGCAAGUAAACAUCAAGUGGACCUUUAAUCCACCUGGAGGUUCACACCACGGGGGCGUAUGGGAGAGACAGAUCAGGACGAUUCGACAGCUGCUCUUCUUCCUUACCAAACAGCAGACCAUGACGGAUGAAAGUUUGCAGACACUCUUCUGUGAAAUAGAAGGCAUUAUCAAUUGCAGACCCAUCACCAGGGUUUCAGACGAUGCUAACGAUCUAGAGGCUCUGACACCAAACAAGCUCCUGACGUUGAAGGCUACCCCGAUGUUACCCCCAUCGGUUAGUAGGCAGACCGACUGCUACGCACGACGUAGAUGGCGGCAGGUUCAAUAUCUGGCAGACGUCUUCUGGCGACGUUGGCUGAGAGAGUACUUGCCGCAGCUCCAGGCCAGGCAGAAGUGGGUACAUCCUAGUCGCAACAUCCAGGUUGGUGACGUAGUGCUGGUAGUGAACGAGACAGCACCUCGUAACUUCUGGCUCAUGGGAGUAAUCAUCGGCAUCACUCCAGAUCGACAGGGCAUGGUUCGACGGGCGGAGGUGAAGACCAAGACGGGCACCUAUUCGCGACCCAUCAGCAAACUGUGUCUCCUCUUGGAAGGAGAUUCAUGA